CCAGCACUACAGGAUGCACAAGCUGUGAUACUUGCUCUUCAGGAUCAUAUAGUUCUGUUCCUGGAUCAUCAGUUUGUGUUCCCUGUUCUCUUGGCUUUUACCAACCAGAUGAAGGUUCUUCAGAGUGUCUGAAAUGUUCUCUAGGAAAAGAGACAUCUGAUAUAGGUCAGAUAGAUUGUGUGGAUUGUCCUAUAGGUCGUUUCAAGAAUGAUAGCAUGACUUUAUGUCACCCUUGUCCUGCAGGUCAAGAAACAAAGGAGGAAGGAAAUUAUAACUGUACAUUGUGUAGUCCAGGAUAUUACAAAGAAGAAGGAGAAAAUGCAUGCUAUCCAUGUGAUAUAGGAACUUACACUCUACUUCAUGGUUCCACUGGCUGUACAUCUUGUCCUUCAGGAUUUUAUUGUCCUUGUAUUCGUUGUGGUCCUAUUCCUUGUCCUGAAGAUGCUGUGUGUCCACAAGGAAGUUAUAAGCCUACAUUUUGCAGUAGUCCCUUCUUUGUUCGUCAAGGUUAUAAAUGUUUUAUGGCUGAUGCUUUGGUGGGAAUUAUCAUUAGUACUACAUUGCUUGUGGUCCUUUCACUGAUUAUAAUUUCAGCUAAAUUGUACAUUAGACGACUAAGGAGGAGAGGUAUGAUUGAAGACGGCUCUCUUGUGCAAGAUACUAGUACAGAACCAGUGUAUACAGGAUUAUGACAUAACUUGGUAAAAGUAUUGUUUGUAAAGAACCCAGUAUUCUGUAUCUGAGCAGCAUUAGCAGAUGUCCUAAGGAGUUUCAUUAAUUUUAAACUGUUUCUUUGCCACAAAUAAGAUUCAAACACGGAGCCAAAAGAAUAGUAUCAAAUCUGUCUCCUUUUUUAGUAUUGUUACACAGAUGUAACUAAGUACAGUUUAGUGAAUUACAUAUUUAUAUAAAUUUAAUGAACAGAAAAAUUUAUAGUAAAAAAAGUAAAAAGAAACAACUUUAAUUAAAUAACAAUUCUAUAAGCAUUCUUCAUGAAUUACUUGGGUGUUAAAGGAUAGUAACAGUAGUCAGUAACCAGUACUUCCUUUUAGUCUUUCUUUUAAAUGUUCCAUUAUUCUACUAAGAAUAUGAAUAUAAAUAUAUGUAUAUAAAGUACUACAUGAAGUUACCAUCAACUAAAAAUGGUUUGCUUUUGUAUAUUUCAUGAACUGUGUUUUUGUUUGUUUGUUUUUCAGAAAAUAUUUCCAAUGAUAAUACAUUUACAACACUAAAACUGCAAAUAUCUAAAAAAUAGUUUUUCAGUGCUAUAUCCUGUUAUUAUUCUUGCAAUUAAGUUUCCCGAGCUUGUUGCAAAUAGUUUUAUCUUUUGUCAAAACCAUUUUGUUGUAUUCUAGAUAUUUUUAUUGUCUGAUUUUGAUUAUAUUUAAUAUAAAGAAUUAAGUUAAAUUUUGAAAGAUGAUGGGCUCCUCUUCUAUUACUGAUGAUUAUUUCUGAUUGGUUGAACAGGAAGUUGAUUUUACUAUCUUUUACUCUCAGAGUCUCGUUUUGUUCCAAUCACAUUUCUGGUAUUUAUUAUUAGUUUUCGUUGUUACUUGGUUAAAUAUUUCUACUUCGUUUACCUGUACUUUGUUUUUUGAAUACCAAGUACAUAAAUCAGUUAUUCAAAUUUUAAGUGUCUAAAAUGUUUUGUUUUUUUCCAUUCUUUGAUCUUGUUUUCAUGCUCUUUCUUCAAAUGUUUUGUAACUGACCUAUUGUCAUAAUAACAUUAUAACAGAGAUUUAAGCUAAAUUUCUUUAUUGUUAAAUUGAAAAGUCUAGAUUUUUGUGUUUGCAUAAUAUAUUUUGUUUUUGCUUCUGGUUGUCAUUAUUAUAGUGAAUAUCAUGAUGGAAAACAAACUUGAGUGCUUCAGCUGUUUUACCCAAAUGCAAACUUGUAAAAAGCAAUUGGACAAUUAUUUAAAGUAUACACUCACACACGCACAUUUUAAUGUUAGGAGCAAUCAGAUACAAUAGAAAUUAGCACUUAUGGGGUAUUCUGUAAACAUUUCAAUUAUUUCAAAGUAGAACUCAGGUUUAAUAAGAAACUACUAACUUAUGUAGAAAAAUAAUAUACAUUUCAUUAUUUUUGAACUAAAAAAGUAGAAAUAAAUUACCUGUUAUUUUGCAGUAGAAAUCGGGACUUUUUAUAAAAUAAAGGCUUAUUCUUCAGUAUCAUCCCUAAGUGAAGAAAUCUUAGGCUUUACUCGUGUCUAAACUUGCAUCCUCUCCACUUUUAACAACAUCCCAGAUUACCUUUAGAAAUAUAAAAAUAAAUGAUACAGGUUGUGCUCUUACUAUUUAAAAGGAAACUUGUAUCAUGUCAGAAACACAUACAUAUAUCGAAAAGUACCAAGUUCAACCCCCUCUUCUUUUUCUUUCUGUGGAGGAGGAAACAUUUUAGGUAUCUCAUGUUUGGCUUCAUAGCUCUAAUGAAGAGGAAAUUGUAAUGCAAGAAAUAGAAUACAAGUUAGAUAUUAGUUUUUACUAUUGUUUUGUGUGUGUGUGUGUGAGAGAGAGAGAGACUAUCUUUACAUAGUUGACAUUCAAUUGAUAAAAAGCAUAUCGGUCACAGCCUAAAAGCAGAAAUGUAAAGAGUAAACUCAAACAGUACAGAUUAUGGUUUUAAGUUGUAAACAUAAAAUUAUACAUUGAUUCCUGGUUGGUUCUUGUCUCUGUCAAGUCUGAUUUGGUUUUGAGUAUAUCUGCUCCUGAAUGUACUGCUAUUUACAAAAAAAUGAAAUUGUUUGGCAUAAAUACACUAUUUAAUUAUUUAUUGGUAAAGUAUUUGUGUAAACUAACAAAAGUUAUUCUUGAGGGGAGAAGUUUCUCAUAAAAUUGUGAACUCUUACUUUGUAGUGCAAAUAAUGUAUAUUUAUAAGAUGCUUGUAGAAAAUUAGUAGUAAUGUUACUUAAUAUUACUUUCUAGUCAUAAGUAUCUCGGUGAUAGUACCUUCUAUAAUUUUGCUUAGAUAUUUUAGAGUUUUAUAAUUUCUCUAUCAGACCAGUAGUUCUUUAAUAUCAAAAUUGAAAUAUUAAUGGGUUCUUUCUAGCAUUUGGUUUUCCUGCAGGAUAAAAUUCUUAAUCUUUAAUUUAUUGGAAUUAUGUGUGAAUUUUUACAUGAAGUAUAUCCUUUUCCUCAGGGAAAAAAAUUGUGAAAUGUUAUGUUGUUUAUAUAAUGGGAACUGAAUUUUCCUUUUUUCUUAAGAAUCAAACAUAACUGAAAUUUGCUUAUAUAGAGGUUUUGGAUCUGACACACAACAGUUUUAUAUAUGUAGCAACUUUGAAGUAACAUCUGGCUUAAACUUAUAAGAAAUUUUUUGUACCCAACCUAAUUCUGUAGAAUCUAAUCAAUUAUUGAAAAACUGUAAAAUUAUUUUCAAAAACUGAAAGUGUAUAAGAAAGUUAGUGAUAAGUAUAUGUAUAUAUGUUCUACAGAUAAUGUGGAGUUUCGUAAGUGGGCAACGUAAUACCCAGAAGUUAAUAUGUAUAUAUAUGACAUUCAUGAUGUUAAGAAAGCACACAUGUUAAAAAAAAAAAGCAGUAAGACAAAAAUAAGAAACCCUAAUGUUUGAUAGCAAACCAGAUUUUUCAAAUGAACAAUAGAUUAAUCUUUGAUUUACAUGUUUGAAAAUUUAUCACUUUUUUUCUUUUUUUGACUUCACAUUUUAUAAAUGAACCAAAGCUUAAAUGACUCCAUAUCAAUAGCAGAUAGGGACAUGCUUCACGGUUCCACCAUAAAUAAUUAGUCACAAAUAUAUAUUCUCAUACAACAGACUAUUUUAGGGUGUUGCUUUUUGUCAUGUACCAUUUUUAUAAAUGCAAGUGCAACAUGUUUCAAUUAUAUAAGCUUGUUACAUAUCACAAAAAUGAUGGUGGUUCUUAAUGAUUUUGUUGUUUCAUUAAAUAUUAAAAUAUGAUAAUAUUUUUGUGAUAUACAUUAAUCUUAUCAUUCUCAAGUGGAUACAAACAUUUGUAUAUUUUUUGUUAGAAUGUGGGAUACUGUAAAUUAUCCACAUGCAUGAGAUUAUUUUUAAAAGUAACUUGUCUUUUUAAUAAAAAGGUUUAUAAAUUAUCAAGAGAAAUAUGUGAACAAAAAGCAGGUAGAUAAAGUGAUAGAAGUGACAAGUAAAAUCAUAUCACUAGGAGACAAUGUAUGUGAAGACUGUUUUACACAUUUUCUUCAGUGUGUAUGUAAUCUCACACUAUACUUUCGUCCUUGUUGAAACAAAAAAUCUUAUUCUGUUAUAAAAGUUUAAGCUCCUAAACAAAAUUUGGUUGAAGUUACAGCUGAUAUUUGUUUUCAAGUAAUAAUUUCUGACAUUUUAAUGUAAAUGUGUGAUUUUCAAUAUUUAAUUUGAUAUUGGAAGGUUUAAAAUAUUAUAACUGCUUCUUCAAAUGAUAAAGGUUGAAGAUAUUGAAAUUGACCACUGAAAUAUUAAAAGUUAUGUUGUGAUGCCCACCCAGUGGCUCAGCAGUAAGUCUGAAGACUUAUAACUCUAAAAACUGGGUUUCAUUACUCAUCAUAGGUAGAGCACAGAUAGCUUAUUGUGAAGCUUUGUACUUAACAACAAAGUUAAAUGCAAUGUUAUUUUCUGUAUGGAAAUUUAAGAGUCAACAGAACAUAGAGACAGUUGGACUUGACUGCUUACAAUUUAAUUUACAGGUUUGAAACUUUAGUCACCAUUCAUAAAAUAUGCCAUUGAUAGAAACUUGUUGGUUAAACUAUUCCUAGAGAAAAUUCAAAUUGUUAAAAGGACUUGACUGGCAGUAUUUUGUAUUACAUUUUCAAUGUUAUAUAAUUCUGUAGCAGAGAAAUUGAAAGAACAUUAAGCAAAUGUUCUUGAAACUUUAAACGCUUAUAUCAUAUCCAAAUUGAUUAUGAUUUAAUAUGUAUAAAUUUAAUAUUUUACUUUUUUUUUUAAAUUCAUCCAAUAAAAAUUUCUCUGCUUGAAUUGUCAGGAAUCUGAUAAUGAUUUAUUACAUAGUAUACAGUUAAAACUGCUGUAUACUUACCAUGUACCAAGCAAGAAAUUCAUUUAUUACUUUAUGAUAAAUCACAGGACAAUUUGAUGUUGGGUUCUAAGAAAUAUUCAAAGGUUUGAAUAAAGAUGAAACACUGUAUGUUGGGAUAUUAAAAACUCAGGAGAAAAAUAUUUCUACUUUAUAGAAUAAGACUUGAAGUAGAAGCCUUAAUCAGUUCUUCCGUGUACUCAGAUAAUACCAUAUAGACAAAAAAAAAUGUUUUUUUUCUCAGCUGUUUAGUAUGAAAAAGAACAACUGUCUAAUAAUGUUUUAUAUUUUAUCAACAUUAUUGAUUAAGGAAAAUUGAACUACAGAUAUUGUAUUUUAAGUAAAUUGGUUUAUAUGAUAGCAAACAGAUAUUUGUUUUCAUAUUACAGAAUAACUAUUAUUUUUUCGUGUUAGUUAUCUUUUAAAUUAAUCUAUUGGUAAAUAUUAAAAUCCAUAAAUGAACAACAUGUUUUAUAAUACACAAUUUUUAAUCUUUAUUUAAACCAGUCACUGGUUGUAAAAGUCACUACAUGUUUCAUCAUGGUUUCACGUCAUCUUCAGGAGUGUGAAAACAUGUUGAGUGACUUUUACAAGUGUUAAUCAGUUUAAGUAAAGAUUUUAAUUGUGUAUUAUAAAAUGUUGUUCUUUUAUGGAUUUUGAUAUUUUAAAUAUAUAUAUACACACAAUUUUCUUGAAUUUGAACCUUUUAAUAUAAUGUAGCGGUAUAUUAAGUAGCACUUAGAGUACGAGGCCAUUCUGUUCACUGACACCAUUUAUUGUACAUUUCAGUUGUAGUAAAUAAACUGAUUAUUUUUUAAAAA